AUGAGUGAAGGGACUAAAGGUGGCCGCCGAAGGCGGUCGAGCAGUUUGCUCUAUACCGAACCGCCAGAAUCUAUGGAGCACAGGAGUGACCAGGAAGCUCUGCCCAAUGGGAACGCCGACUGGGUCAAUGCUAAAGGUGCUUGGAUCAUUCAUUUUGUGCUCAUACUUGGUCUCAAACUGCUUUACGGCAGCAUUCCCGGCAUCUCUCAUGAGACGUCGUGGACAUUGACCAACAUCUCCUACAUGUUCGGUUCCUACGUCAUGUUCCACGGUGUCCGUGGUGUUCCCUUCGAGUUCAACGCAGGCGCUUACGACAACUUGAAUAUGUGGGAACAGAUGGACAAUGGCGACCAGUACACGCCAGCCAAGAAGUUCCUCCUCAUGGUGCCCGUCAUGCUCUUUCUCCUGAGCACACAUUAUACUCAUUACGACCUGACGUACUUCACCAUCAAUUGUCUUGCUGUGCUUGCGGUUGUCAUUCCAAAAUUGCCUUCGACGCAUCGGAUGCGCAUUGCUCUGUUUUCGGGUGAGCCCGAGGAUCGAUAG